AUGUCUGAGGAUCAUAGCAUCAGUGUUUUCAUCCGCAUCCUAACAACUGUCACUACAGCUGUAACAUCCGUCGGAAGCUUUCUCGCCAGUUAUAUCAGUUUAAUCUGGCAGGGGUUCGGUUUUGUAUUUUCGCUGAUAGCUUCCUGUCCUGCAUAUUGUGUAGAAUGCAUAGAAAAUGCCUGCUCUCGGGGAAUCAGUUAUAUUUCUGGUUUAAUUGCUUCCCUUUCAACAGAGACAUAUUUAGGAGUUGUAGGCCUUUGUUUAAUAUAUUUUACAGUAUCAAAUAUAUUUAGAUAUGUGUAUGGCAAAAGACCACAUUUAUUUCCUUUUAACUUUGGUAGUCGACAGUUACAAGGGAGGACAAGCAGUUGGCAAGUUGACAGAGGUUUUGAAAGUGAUUUUGAAUAUUUGAAUCUGUCAGAUACAGAGGACGCAUUGUGGCCGAACUCUACAACUGUUGAUAGUAAUGAUGAUAAUGAAUCAGAUGAUGACACUGAUGAUAAUGUAAAUGAUCGAAGCUCUGAUGUCACAGACGAUGUCUCUGACAACACAGACUCUGACGAGUACACGGUUGUGAUGGAAGAGUCUGACAGCGAGGGUUCAAUAACUUCGCAGACGUAUUCCACUGAAUCCAGCGAUCACGAGAUUGAAAUCCAGUUACCUCCGGUUGAUAGUCACUACACUUUACUACACAGAUCUUCUACCCCAUCUCUUGUGUCAAAAAAUAUCAACAGUCCAGAAGAUUUUCACCGAGAGAUGGAAAGAGAACAAGACAAAAGAAAGUGCGUCGUCUGCCAGAAUCUCAUCAAAUCUGUACUAAUUCUCCCGUGCAGGCACUUGUGUCUGUGUGUUCUGUGUGCCAAUCAGAUUGUUUCAUCAGGAACCAGGGCGAGACGAGUGUGUCCUUUAUGUCGGUCCAGGAUUACUAAAGUGAUGAAUAUUUAUGUGUGA